GACGAGGUCUGGUGAGAGACUUAACUUUGACUUCCAGGUGAUUGAAGUAACAUCGAAAGCUUUUGCUUGGCUGUGUGUGUGUGUGUGUGUGGGUCAAGUGUGUUGCCUUUUGAUUGAAUUCUCAAUCGGAUAAUAAAAGGUAUCGCACACAUGCCCUAGGGAAGCGGACGCUGUAUAAACGAUUGUGUUUCUGCGGAAAAAGUGCUAUGCUGCGCAAAAAGUUUCCACUAGCAAGCGCCUGCAGCUCGUGAAGCAGAAGACUCGUGUCAAUGACUAUGGGCGAACGCCAAGACAGCCUUGAUGGAUGGGUGGCCAUCCGAGAGAACCUCUUUGAUCCUGUGGAUGUUCCCAAGCACAGCUUGUCGCGCUUCAUUGUCGCCUUCAACCGUGUGGAGUGUCAGUUUGCAGUCAGCUACUCAGAAGGCGAGCGUCAUGCUUGUGACAGGGACAACGGUGCCGCACGUGCUGUGCUACUUUCCUCGGAUGCCCUGCGUGACAUUCACAGGCAGCUCUUGCUCAUGUGCCCUGCACUUGAGAAUGCUUUCCCACUGAGUGGACCACAAACAAAAGGGUCUCGAAGCUUUUUAGGGUUCUUCUCAAAGAAGAACGGGGUGCUUGAAACACUGGAUCCAUCUGUUGAAGACAAAGUGUGCAGGGAGCUGGAGUACUAUUUUAAGCAGGCGCUUGAUGCAACAGGGAAGAGGUUGCUCUUUGCUGUGGUGUUUGGUGAAGAAGACUACUUGACUGAUUAUGAGGAAGAUGUUCAGGAGUUGAGACUACGUGGUCUGGAGCGUACUCUGAAGCGUGCCUAUGAUGACUUGAAUGAGAUACUGUCACUCCGGUCACGCUCCGAGACUAUGUUGGAGCUGUCAACGGUGUACGCUCUGGAGGACCAGGUAGUGGCCAACAUUUCUAUUGCUUUGGCUGAGCUCUAUAAUUUCCAGCUGGGGCCCUUCUUGGAACUGCGUGAGCUGGCAGCUGAACGCAGUCGUGCAUCGCGCCUUAGGGCUGAUGAUGGCCGGCUCGGGCCUCGUGUCAGAGCUGAGGCAAUGAAGGAGCUCGAAGAGUGGGAAACUCGAGUGCAGUCUGCCAAUGAAGCCACUCAACACCUUUACCAGGAGUACUAUCGACACACCGUGGAGCUAGUUUCAGGUCAGAGAAACAGGAUGCUUGAGGACCAGACAAAGUUUGGUCGGUCGACAUUUGAGCUGCACGGUAUGCAGCGCCUUCAGAAGCUGGAAGUGUUUGUGUGCCAGGAGCGGCUCAAGCUGCUGGGUGCCAUCAAGAGCACCCGAGAGCUACAGCAUGGCAAGAUCACCCAAAUGCUGGAGCAGCAGGCUCUACGAGGUCAGUGCACAUUGUUGGAGAUGGAGGAAGAAGUGUACAGCUCUCAGUUGGGCAUAUAUGACGUGAGCUUAGAGAUGCUCAAGGAGGAGGAGGACAUGUUGCGAAGGCAGAAGGACAUCCUCGACCGUGCUUGGCAAGAGGAGCUGGAUGAGGGCAUCUUUUAUGAUGCGGUGGAGGAGCGAGACCAGUUUGAAGACGAGCUCGAGAUAGAAGGCAGCGGCCCCAUGUCAAGGCGAGACCGACUCAAGCUUCGACUCAACAGACUCUACAGGAAGCGAGCCAUCCUCAGAAACAAGCGGAAAGCCUGCAUCGCUGAACACCAAAAGAAGGUGAAGAGAAAGGAAGAAAAGAAGAAUCGUAUUAAACAGCAUCACGCUGUCCAAAUGAAACGAGAAGAAAUACACAAGGAAUUGGACAUGAAUCGUGAACGCAUUGACAGUGAGCGGAAAAAGACGCUGGAAAGGCUCAGGGAAUACAAAAAGAAAUAUCAUAAUGGUAAAAGGAGUGGCGAUGGCACGAUGCUGGAGCCCGUUGAGGAUGAACUAUCAAGGACACCAUCUCCGAGAAGCCCAAAGCCCAGUUUAAGGCUUCAGAAUGGCACUGCAGCAGUCAGAGCAAAAGCAGUAGGAAUCUCUCCAGAGAGUUCCAAGGAGAAAGAGGACAUGUCAUUGCCUGCCCCGCCUCCAGCACCUCCGCCUCCUGCUGUACUACACCAGCUGCCACCACCACCUCCUCCUCCACCACCUCCGCCACCUCCGCCACCACCAUUGAUGCCAACCUUGAUGCCAGCUGUCCCAAACAUCAUCCCACUGACAGCACUCAAAAAGCCUGGACUGAAGCAAGAUCCAUCAAAGCCCAACCAAGGUGAACCCAACAAAACCAUCAACCUAUCAGAAAUUCUUGCUGCUCGCACCAAGCUCAGGAAAGCAGAUGUUUCAACUGAUGACAACAAAAAUAAAAACUCAGCCACUGGCAUUCAAUCCAAGGACUUCAAUGCGGUUCUUAAAGCAGCCCUUACAAAAAUUAACAUUGCCUCACAUGGACCUGAUAUUUCUGACCAUGAGAGUGAAAAUAGUGACUUUGAAUAAUUGCUCCCUGUAAAAACUAACAAUGCUGAUGCUUGCACUCUUUAUUUCCGUCCGUGACCAGCGUUGCUUGUGAUGCUAUGCAGAAAAUUUGUUAUUUAUUUAUUGAUACUGUAAUCCCAAUAUCGGGAUUAUCGCAGGGUGGGGAAAAGAACUAAGCAGCUUCACAAAACUGGCAUAAUGUACACAAAAAGAAAUAAGGGUGCAGGUUGAAGCUCUACAGCCAGCAUUAGGAACACAACAUUUGAACAAGAUGUCAAACAGUAGAAGUAAAAUAUGCAAUAAAACAAUAAACUGACAAAAUACAGUAACACACACUAGGUAAUAUGUUGUGCGAACAACAUCAGUGACGGUUGCAACACUUCAUUGUCGGUGAAGUUAUUCCAAUCAGUUAUAGUUUGUGGAACGAAUGAGCACUUAAAGCAGUAAUUACGGACGCAAAAAGGUGUUAAAGUUAGCUGAUGUAGUGGUCGAGUCGAAAUGAACGAGUUGAGACGAAAAAUGAAGUAAAUGGGUGAGUUCAGUUCUGUAGUGUAUUUUAAUUAAUUGGUACAUGAAUUUAAGUUGUGCAGAACGAUUUCGCUUGGUUAGUGUCGGCAGGCCAGCUUUGAUUAAAAGAUGUGUUACCGAUGUAUGUUGGUAAUUGUUAUACAUAUAUGUAUCUAGCAGCCCGCCUUUGAACCCUCUCUACUUUGUUUAUGUUAGUUUUAGUGAAUGGGUCCGAAAUGAUAGCUGCAUAAUCUAACGUAGGCAAGACAAUACAUUUGUAAGCAAGAAGGUGGACAGAUGGAGUGGACAACCACAAUGCCCGUCUUAUGAAAAACAAUUUAUGAAAAGUGUUACACGUUAUGAAAUCAAUAUGUCUAUUCCAGCUAAGAUUGUUAGUGAGCCAGAGGCCUAGAUAUUAUAUGCUAUUACUUCUGUAAGUGUCACACCAUUAAUACUGUAAUAAAACAGUAAGACAUUUUUUUUGCGAGUGAUCCCCAUUAGUACAGUUUUUUCAAAGUUAAUGGACAUUUGCCAUGAUUCACACCAUGCAGGAACUUUUUGUAACAUGCUAUUCAGUAGUAGUUGAUCUGAGGCACUUCUUACUUCUGUAUAAAUGACACAAUCAUCAGCGUAAAUCCUAAUUUUCACAGGAAUGCUAGAGACAAUAUCAUUAAUAUAUACUAAAUACAACAGAGGCCCAAGGACAGAGCCCUGAGGGACGCCAGAGUGAACUGCAAACCUGCCAGAACAAUAAUUGUUACAAACAACAAAUUGUUCUCUGUUUAAAAGGUAGGCUGAAAUACACUUUACUAAUUGUUUGUUAUGAAGUAUUGUCUAAUUUAUAAGUUAACUGCUUUGUUAACUCUCUUGUUUUCAUACUCGUAAUACCUUCGGUGCUACAAUUCUCAUGCAACACACACAAAAUGCAGGGUGAAGUAGUCAAACCUUUGCUGUCCUCCUUGCAUUAUAUUAGCCACAGCGUCCUGCUCCAUCAGUGGCUCCAGUGGUGUGCUGCAAAGCUGUACUUGUGACACUUCACAAAGGUUCUUUUGCCCCCAAAAUGCUGCAUGGAGUGUGCAAAGCUAACUGUAAAGAUCUCCUUUUUUCCCCUUUGGGAACAAAGUUUUAAUUUUAUACCUUCUUUAGUGUGACCACUAAAUGUGGGCAGACCUAGAACUCCUCAAGCUUAUAGUUAUUGAAAAACAUUGUGCUUUUAAUGGCAAAAAAAUAUUAAAUAAAUAAAUACCUACUGCAAGGUGCUUUUUAAGAAAAAAAAAGUAAGGUAUCCUGUUUACCUGUGUUGUGUGGCACUUCAAUGUGUUAUGCUACUAACGAAUAUAAACAGCCAGUGCAGUUCUCUCAUGUUGGCAGCUUUGCUAGGUGAGAGAGUGGUUGUCGGCCAGUCUCUUCCACCACUUCCGUUCUGGGAUUCAGGAAUGCAUCUGAUCAGUGUUUGAUGUUUCUGAUCGAUGCUGGCACUGCAAAUACUGUAAUUCAUAUGCAUGAAUAUCGCUGGUCCUUUCUCUCUUUUUUUUUCAUUUCUGUAUUUAGAGGUGUGGCUAGAUUAACCACUGGCCAAUUGUGCUUCACAGAAAGCUAAUUUCUACUUGUCUUGAAGAAUGGUAAGGUAUGGGAGAGUGAAAAUAGGGAGUGUUCGUGUGAUGUCAUGGACACCAUGUUGUUGUCUUUACAGCUUACUCAGAGCUGCUGGAAAUAAACAGAUAAGGAUAAUGCACAGCUUUUCAUCGUGCUAUCUGUACAACAAAAUAGCAGCUGCAAUGAUUUCAAUGCACGUGCUGUCCUUUACAAAUGUGCAUGAAGCACAGGUCUGUGAAGAAGAGAGUGUGCAACAAAUAAAGAAAAUGAGUGGCAGCCUAAUCAGCCUGUGCGGUUGCACCCACAGGCAUGUGCAUGUGCAUGCACAUGUGGACACCCAGGCCAGUGUAUUGUGGUCCUGUUAAACAUUUAACAUAAUGCGAUGGGCAAUCCAUUAGCAAAGCCUGUACCUGUGUCUGGGACCCUGAGCAUUCGUGGAUGUUUGUGCACGGGUAUGGCAUGACUGUAGCAUAUCGCAUAUAUGACACUGUUGUCAGAUGUUGAAAGCUCUGCCCCAGUGGUGCUGUAUUUGCACAAGUAUGGUGGAAUGGCACCAUUGCAUGUUUGUAAUUGUUUCAGGCACAAGGUGCUCAUUUUCACUAGAAAGCUUGAGUUUGUGGCAUAACCUGAUUUUCCAGUCAGCAGUGCUCUCUGAACAAUGUUGACUGGUUUUGUGUGACGAGGGUUCCUCCUUUGCUCAAAGAGAAAUGCUAGUUAUGGUUGAUUUGUAAUGGUAAGAGGUUAUGUGCAUAGAGAGAUCAUUAAUCCGUUUCAUGUAUAGCUUGAUUGGUUGAUUUAGAAUCAAAGUAUUUAUGUGAAAGUGGAGGGAACCAUGCUUAAUUUUUUGUGUAACUGUUUUUCAGACAUUUGUUUUAACAAAAUGAAUUAUAUGUAGGUACCUUUGUGUAUUGCAUCAUACUCAACCAGUGUCAAGCUACUUGCAUGUUAUGCAAGAAAUAAUUACUGUGCAGAGUCCCAAGGUCUCGCUGCCUUUGCUUGGCUGGAGUAUCGAGGCAUUUCGGGAAGAGUAAUCGACUGCCACCAAAAGUUUGGGGCAAGUUUCAUGUUGCCUUUUGACAUGUAUGAAUUUGAAGCCUUUGUACUGCCUCUACUUGCAGCUGACUCAAUCUCAAUACUCGUCACGUUCUAUUUCAUAAGUGUUCUAAUAUGUGGGGAGCCUCAGCUGAGGUAUCUGAAUAUCCCUCAAUAUAGGCAAGGUAGGUGUUCAAGUGGUUUCCCCUGUUGCCGAAUGACUCAAGCAACUAAAAUAUCAUAAUUUGAUGUCUCACUAUCAAAAAUAUCUCAAUUAGCCUUCUUCUAACUGGGUAAGAUGGGUGCUGCAUCUUAAUGUGAAACAUUUAGUGCUCUCUGAGUGCACUCUAUACCCUUUUUGAACUUUGGAAAAUAAUAGUGCUACUAGCUGCUUUUAACAUUAAGCCCGGAAUGUUUGAUUCACACACUUGCACAAAAGUGCAACUGCUAUGCUGCCCUCCCCCCUCAAAAUAAAUAAAUAAAAAAUAAAGAUGAACCCGCCUGUCAGCAAUAGGAAAGGCUUAUGAUUAUCAUGACAUGGGAGGCAGUUAGCUUAUGGUGACACUGCCACUUGCUGCCUUUGAGGGAGAGCAUUAGUUGGCCACACUCGAAACCAGCGAGCCAUGGUGACAGCAGGAUUUCGCAUCGAUUUCGCAUCAGUUUUCUCUUUCACCUUGGCAUGACAAAUACGGGGGAAUUCUUUGUGUCAAAAGCCGCUAUGCCCUUCUGUGACAUUGACGUGGAAGUAAUGGAGGCAGAUUUCUUGCACAUGUGUUAGUGCACCAAGUAGUCCAUCUGGGCUUCACAGCACUUUUGGUUCCUUGGAACAGAUGCUGAAUCGAUGCAGCUUCCACAUGCGACAGUUCCGCCUUUGCCAAGCUUCGACACACAGUGGUGUGUUGUCUUAUUUAGCUGCCAGAUAAGGUGUUUAUGCUUUCUCUUCCGCAGCUUAAGCUAACACGGAUGAAAAUGUUGUACUUUCUUCAGAGGCGCUCUCGCUCCUAAGCACUUUGCCUCCUUAGCUUUCCCUUUAUUUCCACAGAAAGUUCUCUGCGCAUGUAGUAGCAUACGUGCUUUGUAAAUCUAGAAAUGGUAUUGCAGUGUGCUCAGGUAGAGCUACAUAUAUCUGACAAUGAAAUGCUAGCACGUAUCUUCCUCAGCUAAAAGGUUAAUUUGCAAAUUUUUGCUAAAUACUGUAAAAUGCAAUAUGUAGUACACUGAAGACAGAGGUUCGCAGGACGAUGCAGAUUUGAAGUAAUCAACAUUGGUUGAACAAUUAAUGACUCAAGCUGGAGCAAGCGUUUCGACCAGGGGACCUGUCUUCAUUAGUGUCUGUUGGUUACCUCGGUGUGUAUUACAAGGUUUUCUUCAACAUGCUGGCAUGUAAAAUCUGCUUUGUGAAUUACUAUAUUUUGGCACCAUAGUUUUUUGGAUUUGUCUUAAAUGUUUCAAUAUUAAAACCACAUGGUUUUCUUUUAACUCACAUGCUGAGCUUCUUCCCAUUUUGUAACCCCAGAAUAGCUCCCCAUCCCUCUCACUUGUGUUAUGUUCGGGUUUAAGUUAUACCCCUGGUUUUAUGGUACUUAUAUAAAUGUGGAUGUUGCUAAUUUUUAAAUUCUUGGCAGUGUGCUCUGAGGCAUAUCGGAAUGUAUUACUGAAAUAGUAUCUCACCUGCUCUAUCUUCGGGUAUUUCAGAUACCUCAGCUGACAUAUGAAUUGCACUGUGAGGCAUCCUUUGCAUUGAUUUGGUAGCUUUUGGUAGCGAUGUUCACUGCCCAGUGUCCAUUUGUUUUCAACUGUUUGAGGAAUUCAUUCUCAUGUAUAUCUGCACUCAUUGCUCUCAUAACAAUCAGUUUGUGCGCAGUGGUGCUAUAGAACUCCACUUCACAAAGAGUUGCUGAGUAAAUGUACAGAGCAGCCGUUUCAACUCUGACAUUUAGGAACUUGUGGGGUCUACUCUUUCAUUGUUGAGUACUAACACACUAACACUCUGUGCUAAUUUAAAUGAUUGCACUGUUUUAGUGUGUACCUGCUGUGGUCAGCAGGUUAUUAUUAAUUUGCCAUUGCUGAGCGGUGCAGACAACCCUAGUGGGCUUGGAAUUGUUGCCUAAAAAGAAUUGUACAUUGUUGGAAUACUGUGUACUCGUGCAAUAAGUUUGUCCUAUUGAGGGCAGCAGUGCAGGCCUCUUGUUCAAAGCUUGCUGAAAUUAACAAACUGACUUGGUCACAAUUCAGUUGAGAACGGAGGAUAAACACUUUCAAAAAGCUGUGCUACAGCUGGCACUAAACAUAACCCAUGGAUAGCAGCCAAUGUAUAACAUGCAUUUGUAAGUUAUGUUGUGCUAAGACUAGCAACUUGCACACUUGUCCUCUUGCUUUAUAUAUAUGUAUACCCAUAUACAAAAGCUAGUGAGCUAGUCUAUGAGUUGUGUGGCUGUGUAUCGACGGUAACUUGCAAAUUCGUUAAAAUGAUCUGUUGCAGAGCCUGUUGACAGGUGUAUGUUCCUUCUGCUCUCAGUCAUUGUUCAGCUGCAAGAUAGUGGUGUGUGCAAGCUAUUGUCUUCUGUUUUUGUAGGUUGGUGCUAAUAUUUACCUUUUGUUCGAAUAUGAUGUUUGUAUGUUUGUGUGUUGCACACUUUUGUAUAGCCAGUUAUUGUUUUCAAAAAUUCUUAAUAUCUAUGAGCUUACACGUCCCUAGAACUUUAUUUCCUUCAUUACUCUACUUGUGUGCAUUGAAAACUGUUGUGCCCCUUUGCAGUGAUGUUUAUGAUAGGCAGUGCUUGUGGUGUUCACAACGAAACUUCAGUUGUGUGUAUUCUCAACAUUUUUGUAUGCCUGAACGUAUGUACUCUUGUUUUCAGUUUCCAUUGAAGUUUCUGGGAAUUAUGCUUGAUUGACGAUAAGAAUAAUAUUCAUAAUGCAUCAACCAGUACAUGAAAACUUGGUAGCUGCUCGUUACGGCUGCAGUGAAUGAUGAACGUUCAUGACAUCUUAAUGAGCAGGAGCAACAGCAGAUAUAGGGCACCUAUUUGCAUUGACAAACGAGAGGAAUAUCAGUUUGUGAACUUUAGAGGCAUAACCUUAGGUGACCACGCUCUUUUUUGUUUGUUUGGUAACAGCUGUAAGGCUGUCCUUAUUGGCGUGCCCAUGUGUACCUAUGUGAGUGUUCGAUUGCAUGUGCUGGCAUUCUUGUCAAGCUGGUGCUUUUAAGUACCAAAUUACAAGGCUAUGAAGGCUGUGAUCCGAAACUGUGGCUGUGCUGACACUGUGCUCUGUUCUCACACUGGCUGCAGUGCACUUUAUACCCUUUUAAAGAAUAUAUAUGUUCGAAGAAACAUAUAUUUUUUUUUUGUGGAUAAUAAAGCAUGUUUCAUUUAUUGCC